CGACAUGCACGGUGGCGCCAAGGCACGGCGCCGCGGCCGCGUGCGCCGUGACUGCCCCUCGGCGCGCCGCGUCUACGCACGGCGUGAUUUUCACCAGUGUUGUAUGGCAGUCUAUCGGGGUGUGUCGACGGUGCCGGACGUACGCACGGAUUCGUGACCGCUUAUAUACGCUGUUUCGCGAUUUUAUUAUAAAAUGAACAUAAAUCAAGAAUUAUUAAUUACGUUGAUUCAAGAAAGGCCUGUAAUAUGGGAUAAGACCAUCGACGAUUAUAAAAAUAAGCGGCUUAAAUAUGAUUCCUGGAAAGAAAUAUUUAUUCAUUUCCAGCCCACAUUUGAAGAUUUAAGUGGUGAUGAGAAAAACAAGUUUGGGCAAAUGGUGAUGAAGAAGUGGACCAAUAUGAAAGAUAGCUGGAUAAAAUAUGACAAAAAAAUUAAUGAAUGUAAGUCUGGUUCUUCAGCAAAAAAAAUAAGAAAAUAUAUGUUCUAUGAUGAAAUGAUGUUCCUAAAAAAAAAUGUUGAGCAUCGCAAGACCGAUUCUAACAUGACUGAACAUGUUCAUGAUUCUAGCCUCAGUAAUGAAAAUUUUGAUAGUGCAGUCCCGAAUCAAUCAAGCUCGGGAUACACUGAACGGAGUGAGACGCAAAGGGCUAAAAAAAAAAGAAAAAAAAUGAACUAAGUGAAGUUGACAUUAGGUUUAUGAAGUUUAUGGAUUCAGCAGAACGAGAUGAGAAAAAGAAAAGCCGUAGUAUGAACUUUUUUAUGGGAAUCGCUGAUACAGUUGACAAGUUCAGUGAUGAAAAUAUGAUAGACUUUCAGUUUCAAGUAAUUUCAAUAAUUAAAAAUAUUCAACAAAGACAGUGUACUCAGUAUAUACCUACAUCAAGAAACCAAUGGGAUCAAGGCCAUCAAGGAUAUUUAAGUGGUACAGCAUCCUCAAAUGCGCAAUCGUCAACAUAUGGAUAUUCUACAGCUGCUAGAUCGAGCUAUGGAAUAAGUCGUCCACAGACGUCUUCUCAUGAUUUUGGACACGGUUCUGGUUUAGAGCCAAUCCACUACCGACCCGAAUCACAAUUAUCUGUACAUAGUGUAAAUGCGGAAAGUAUCUCGGCAGAUUCUCAAGUUUCUAUUGAAGACGAAUUCGAUUUUAGUACCGCACUUGAGUAGCAUUUUCAGCGUAGUGUAUUUUUUGAUUUACUUGUUCUUAAAUUAAU